GUGUGAGUUAAACACCUCAUGUGCUUCUCCCUUUCUCCUGCUUUCACGGCUUCAGGACUAGCUAUCAAAAUAUAAGCCUGCUUAUUUUAUCUACAUGUUCAAUCCAGCUGAAUAGAUAUAAUAUUUGGCAUCAUUUUACCCUUUAAUUUCACUUUUCCGGACUUUAUUUUUUUUUUUUUUACCACACCAAGUGUUUGUUUAUUUCCUCUUAGUUACUUUGUAGCACAGGGCAUGAUGAUCUCGCACAAAAUACACCAGUGACUUGCAAGUUUGUAAAGUUUAUAAGAAUGUUGGAGCAACUCGGUGACUGAAGGAGCCAGGAAAAGUGAAGUGAAGUGAAAAUGAGGAGUCGCAGUAACUCUGGAGUCAAACUCGACAACUAUGCUCGGAUCAUUCAACAAACUAUCCUCCGCCAUCAAGAUCCAGUGACUGGUCUUCUUCCUGCGAGUGAGGAACAACCAGAUGCCUGGGUCCGGGAUAACGUCUACAGCAUCGUCUCUGUGUGGGCUCUAAGUUUAGCCUACAGGAAGAAUGCAGACCGGGACGAGGACAAGGCCAAAGCUUACGAGCUGGAGCAGAGUGUUGUGAAGCUUAUGAGAGGCCUACUUCAGUGCAUUAUGCAACAGCUGGACAAAGUGGAGAAAUUCAAGUACACUAAGAGUACCUUGGACUGUAUCCAUGCCAAGUACAACACACGCACUUGUGCCACAGUGGUGGGUGAUACAGAGUGGGGGCACUUACAGAUGGAUGCCACCUCGCUCUUCCUGCUCUUUCUAGCACAGAUGACUGCCUCGGGUUUGCACAUUGUGUACACGCAGGAUGAAGUGGAUGUGAUCCAGAACCUGAUGUUUUACAUUGAAGCUGCAUACAAAGUGGCGGAUUACGGAAUGUGGGAGAGAGGAGACAAGACUAAUCAGGGCAUCCCUGAGCUUAAUGCCAGCUCCAUCGGCAUGGCUAAAGCAGCACUGGAGGCGCUGGAUGAACUGAACUUAUUUGGGGCUGAAGGAGGGCCCUGCUCUGUGGUCCAUGCUCUGCCAGACGACAUCCAGCACUGUCAGUCCAUACUUAACUCCAUGUUGCCCAGAGCGUCCACAUCAAAAGAAGUAGAUGCUGGUGUUCUUGCCAUUAUCUCUUAUCCAGCCUUCGCUGUGGAGGACAUGGAAUUGGUCAACAUCACCAAGGAAGAAAUCAUUUCCAAACUACAGGGGCGAUACGGUUGCUGUCGAUUUCUCAGAGAUGGUCAUAAAACACCUAAAGAGGAUCCCAAUAGACUGUAUUAUGAAUCUGCAGAGUUAAAAUUGUUUGAGAACAUUGAAUGUGAGUGGCCUCUUUUCUGGACCUACCUCAUCCUUGAUGGCAUCUUUCUAAACAGCGAAGAGCAGGUGCAGGAGUACAGAGAGGCACUGGAUGGCAUAUUAAUCAAACAGAAAGAUGGGAUACGUCUGCUACCUGAACUCUACAGUGUUCCUCCUGAUCGGGUCGAUGAGGAGUAUGUAAAUCCUCACACUGUAGAGAGGAUCCCUAUGGGCAAGUGUCCUCUGAAGUGGGGCCAGUCACUGUACAUUCUGGGAAAUCUGCUAGCAGAGGGCUUCCUGGCCCCUGGAGAAAUAGACCCACUCAACCGCAGAUUCUCCACCAUCCCCAAGCCUGAUGUGGUUGUCCAAGUGUGCAUACUGGCUGAGAAUGAUGAGAUUAAGGCAUUGCUUCUGAAGAAUGGGAUAGAAGUAGACACAGUGGCAGAUAUUCACCCCAUCCGAGUGCAACCUUCUCGAGUUCUUAGUCACAUUUACGCCCGACUAGGACGUAACGAGAGGCUGGGGCUGACCGGCAGGCCAUGUCGCCGGAUUGGUGUGUUAGGGACCUCCAAGCUCUACAUCAUCCGUAACACUAUCUUCACCUUUACACCACAGUUCAUUGAUCACCAGCAAUUUUACCUGGCCCUUGAUAACAGGAUGAUUGUGGAGAUGCUGCGUACUGAACUAUCCUACUUGUCCUCUCGCUGGAGGAUGACCGGCCGGCCUACAGUCACCUUUCCUGUAUCCCAGACCAUGCUCACCGAGAACCACACAGACUUGGACCCUAUAGUACUGGCCACUCUGAAGAAACUUCAGGAUGGCUACUAUGGAGGAGCAAGGAUACAGACGGGAAAGUUGUCUGAGUUUUUGACCACAUCCUGUUUUGCUCAUCUGAGCUUUCUGGACCGUGGUAAGCCACGCUCCAGCAGUCUGAGCUGGGGCGAGGAUGACGAUGAUGAAUACAGCUUCGAUAAUGAAGGCACUAUGCAUGGCCUCAACAUAAGUGAUGAUGGAGAUGACCUUGCUCAGUAUUUGGAUCAUCUUUUGGCCACAGCAGUGCCUCAGCGGGGGACAAGAGUGCAGGACAAGGCCAGCGGGCUCGGCCGCUUCAGGGCUGCAGCCAACCAAACAAGAGAGAUAGUAUCUUUAGUCAACAAGGCCAAAGAUCUCCAGCUACACAAUGUGCAAAUGUAUCUACCCACCAAGCUCUUCCGAUCCCCUCAACCCUCUCUUAAUUUAAAAGACUCCUCUGGACCAAGCAAGGGUCCAGAGAUGUUUGUGUCGUCUGAUUUAAACCUGCCCCGUGAUGCUGAUGGAGCUAUAGAUUACAUGGCUCUGGCUCAGCUGUUUAAGGAUACACCAGGUCUCCAAGACCAGGCAGACAUCCUGUACAUCCUCUUCAAGGACAAGGGAAUGGAUUGGGACACACAGCUGCAUGGUACAGGCACUACAGUGCAAAGGCUUCUGAUGAAUCUGUAUGAAAAGGCAGGAGACCUGCGCUGCUGGGGCCUUAUCCGUAUGAUCUCCGGCAUGCUACGCAAAAAAGUGGAGGAGCUCGACUGGGCCUGUUCUGAUUUGCUGGCUCAUCAGAAGCAUUUAACGGUGGGUUUACCUCCUGAACCAAGGGAAAAGACCAUCACGGCUCCAAUGCCACCUGACCUGCUAGCUAAACUUAUAGAUGAGGCCAGUGAGAACAACAUCACAAUCUCGAUCCUCACCCAGGAGAUCAUGGUGUACCUGGCGAUGAACAUCAGGACACAGCCGGGUCUGUUCAGUGAGAUGUUUAGGCUGAGGAUUGGCCUCAUUAUUCAGGUCAUGGCUACUGAACUGGCGCAGUCUCUUAACUGUUCAGAUGAAGAAGCCACAGAAAGUCUGAUGAGUUUGAGUCCUUCUGAGCUGAAGAAUCUUCUACAUCACAUCCUUAGUGGCAAAGAGUUUGGUGUGCAGAGGCAUGCAGAUACAGGUGCGAGUCCUGCUAUCUCUAUCCAUGAAGUUGGCCAUGUAGGUGCCACAAAAAGUGAGCGUGCUGGCAUCAGCAAACUGAAGUGUGACAUGAAGCUGCUGGAAGACAGGAGAUUGUCUUGUUCGGCUCAGAGUAAGACCUUUUCAGCAUCCUUUGACAUCGACCACACCGAGUCUGUCAAGCACCGUCUAACUUCAUGCGAGUCAUUUGAUGCCUCUGUGAGUGUUCCUGUUGCGCUGGAUAGCCGUCAGGGCCAGUGGCUUCGAAGGAGGAGGCUGGAUGGAGCCCUCAACAGAGUACCAGUGGGCUUUUAUCAGAAAGUCUGGAAGAUUCUGCAGAAGUGUCAUGGGCUGUCGAUAGAAGGCUUUGUGCUCCCAUCAUCCACUACAAGAGAGAUGACACCAGGUGAGAUUAAGUUUGCUGUGCAUGUGGAGACAGUACUGAACAGAGUGCCUCAGCCUGAGUACAGGCAGCUGCUUGUGGAGGCUAUCCUGGUGCUCACCAUGCUGGCAGACGUUGAUAUCCAAAGCUUUGGCAGCAUCAUCCAUGUGGAGAAGAUCGUCCACAUCGCGAAUGACAUGUUCUACCAGGACCAGAAAGCUCUUAAUGCUGAAGAGAGCAUUUUAGAAAGAGACGCAUCCACAGGCAUCUGCCAGCUCCUGUACGAUAGCGCACCCAGUGGCCGCUUUGGCACAAUGACGUACCUCACAAAGGCAGUGGCUACCUACGUACAGGACUUUCUGCCCAGUGGUGCAUGUGCUCUGCAGUGAUGUUUGGUCUUAAGAUUAGAGAUACGGUUUUAAAGAUGUCAAGGAAACUCAUAUGACUUCAGGAUCGUGUACAAUAUUUAAACAUGUAUGGCUUUUAUGCAGUGAACCAGUACACUGAUGGAGAAGAUGACGGUUAGCAGUUUUCACAGCCAUUAGAUGUUGAGUGCUUUUAACUGUGUGCACAAUUCAUUCAUUAUCUCAUGUACUGUUUAUUUACUGGUCAUAUUUGGAUGUUUGUAUGAAAGUACCGCUGUCAGUGCUGCAGCUUUUCGGUCGGAUUAAACAGGAGAAUUAUUUCGUUUCUAUUUAACACAAUAGUAUCAAAUUGUCUGACUGAAGUUUGACCAGCAGAUGACCAGGAAUAAUGACAAAGGGACAUUUUAUGUAUUUUUUUUUUCCCCAUCAUGUUUGUCAUCUAAUUUGUGUAAUUCACAGACCAUGAUGAUUUUAUUAGUUAAAACUUUAUUUUAAUGACGUCAGCCAAAAUAAUAUCUUUUUAAAGCAAAUACUUUGCACACUUUGAACAUAAUAUUGAAGUUAGUAAAUCAUGUGAGCCUGGAAUUUUGUUUCAUAUGUGCUGAGAUAAAUAAAAAAUAGAUAUCUUGUGAUGUUUGAAAUGUUACUGACCUGUUUUAAAUUAAUUUAUUUGUAGGAAUAGAUGUUGUACAAGAAGUGGUCUUGAGUGGUCUGUUUCGUGUAUUUAAAUCAGAUAAUAAAUACUCAUAUUUGUUUAUCCCAUGACACCAUUAUGUAAGACAAGAAGAUAACGGUAAUUAAAAUGAAUAGAAGAAAUAUAUUCUGUACUAUGUGUGUUGCAACCUGGGAAAAUCCAUUGGAGGUUAUUGUGACAAUUCUGGAAGUCAGACAAAAAUGACUUAAAAUCUGGGUUUGACUAAAUGUUUUUCUGCUAAUAUAUUUUCAAUAAUUCUAAUUCCUACUUUAAGAAACUAAAGUGAAAUGGAAAUGAUUUAUUAAGGCUUUGGUAUCUUCCCCCAUAGCUCAUGUUGGUUAGAGAGGCAAAGAGUUAUAACAAGUUCUGUGGUAAGAUAAGUAAGCUAUUGUCCGAUCUGAUCCAAGAUUUUGAAGACGAGCAUUAUCCUAAUUCAGAUGUCAAAUUGUUUGUGAUGCUCCUGGUCAUUAUGAGUAGCUUAAAACAUAGUUUUUAUGAUCCAAAAUAGACAGGUAAUAAUAAAAAUUGUUACUAGAACUGAAUAAAUGAAUCACUGAUUAUUCCAGCACCAGUGUUCACAUUAGUAGUGACUUGUGUAUAAAUGUUAUGAGUGAUGUUUCCCUCAGGUGAUGAGACAGAGACUGUUGUGGAUGAUGCUAAUGAUUAAAAUGUUCAUUUCCCAUUUGAAGUUUUAAUUCUUUCAAAUUUGGCAGUAAUGUUUUUCCUCAAGUACUAAAUGAGAUGAUAAAUGUCGAGGUAGCGGGGUGUCCUUCAGUAGACUGGGAAUGAAAGCUUUAAUGAGGUUUUCUUGUUACUAAAACUUCACAUCUGGUCGAGAUUCUUGCAGAGAGGAACAAUUUUGGUUCGAGAAAACAUAUAAAACCAUAUUGUAGAAAAUGUAGGGAAAAAAAGAUUUUCUUUUCCACUGUGUUUAAAUAUAAAAAAGAUAAAAUGAAACAGAGUUUGCUGCAUAAGAUGUGUAUAUUCUUUUUAGCUACAAUCAAGUGCAUUGAAAUACCCCACAAAGAUAGUAAUAUGUGUUU